CCCCUCAGGAAAGGACACAGGAUGACAACUUGCAGAGUUGUACUCGCUGCCGUCUCGACAAGGAGGGAAUUGCAGAUGCAGCCGAGCGUUAAGACGAGGAGAGGAAGAGUCGCGGAAGACCUUCAGUGUCGAAGGUGGUGAUCCAGUUUACACUUGGCUUUCUCGCCAUCUCACCGCAAAGUCCGCAAAGAGGAUUCCUGCGGCUGUGGGAUUAGACGGCGUCCACAUUUCCUCACCUGAAGUGUCCCUCACCUUCCCCAGACAACGCGUCUGCUGGGAGACUGAAGGAAGCCCGCUUGCCUGACUUGAAGAGCUUUGCCUGAGGCAAAACAGAGCUCAUAUAUAAAGCUGGGUGAAGAACAUCAGCACACUGACAAGUGCAUCAACCAUGGAGGGCUAUACUACUUCGAGGAAACUUACUCUGCUCUCAUUUACCUUCCUGUUGGGGCUCUCAGGCAUACGGGCCCAGAUCCAGAUGCCCCAAACCAGUAUGGAUGUGAUCAAGGGUCAGAUGGUGGUGCUGAAGGCCUCGUACAGCCCAGGGCCCGGCAGUGACCUGAGCACCAACACCAUCCUCUGGAACUUUGUCUCUAACAACACCCAGCUGAUCAUCUCCUACACCAAAGGCUCCAUGAGCGUGGGCAGCUCCCAGUUUAAGGGCCGCGUCGGUUUCACCACCAGCAUGCCCUCACGCGACGUGUCGCUGUACAUCAACAACACCCAGGAGUCCGACUCGGGACGCUACUUCUGCCAGAUCAUCAUUCCUGAUAAUCCCGGCCUCACCGCUGAGCUCAGUCUGGACGUGAAGGUCCCUCCUGCUGUUCCUAAGUGCUCUCUAUCAGGGAAGCCAGUGCUGAAGGGUAAUGUGACUCUGAGCUGCACAUCCAGCUCUGGGAAGCCCAUUCCUCUGUACAAGUGGAAGAAAACCAGUCCCACCUCUGAGGUCUUCUUCUCACCCAUGCUCAAUGAGAAGACCGGCACUCUGAGGCUGAACAACCUGAGCAGUAACAUGUCAGGGAAGUACGUGUGCACAGCCAGCAACUCAGCCGGAUCAGAGAGCUGCUUCAUCAACCUGGAGAUCGUCACCUCCACUAAUGUGGGGAUGAUUGUUGGUGCCACAGUGGGCUCAGUGGUUGGCUUCAUCUUCCUCCUCCUCAUCUGCCUUGUUUUCCUGGUGAAGAGGCGGAGAGACAAUGAGGACGACAUGGCCAAUGAAAUCAAGGAGGACGCUCAGGCUCCCAAGCGUGUGUCCUGGGCUAAGAGCGGCAUGGGUUCGGAUAUCAUCUCCAAGAAUGGCACCCUGUCCUCCAUCGCCUCCAGCCCACACCACAAAGAUCCCUCCCACCAUCACAACAACCACCACCACCACCUGCAGCAGUACCCCCAGCGCCCCUCCUCAGACACAGCCUCCAUCAUCACCGCCACGGGCAGCACGGCCGGCUACCGACCGUCCCGCCAUCAUGGGGCCUCCACCCCACCCCACCACUACAGCUACAACAACAAUACCACCCUGCCGCGCGGACAGCCCGUCUCCUCUGAGGCCAGCACCAAUGGGAGCUCCCUACCCAGACCAGAGCGCUACACCCAGCUGCCCCAGGCUCAGGCGCUGCCGCAGACCUACAGCCAGCCUCAGCUGCAGCUCCAGGCCGCUCCCUCCCCGCCACCGCUGCCCACCUCCACAGUCACAGCCUCCAACAUCACCCGCAUGGGAGGGGUGCCCAUUAUGGUGCCUGCACAGAAUCAGGCCGGAUCUCUGGUCUAACGCCUGCCAGCGCUGGCAAAACAGUGUUGUUGACAAAAACAGAAGAAUACUGUCCCUUUACACUCUCAGAAAGGGUCAGCUGCUGAAUUUUUUUAAAGAGAACGCUUUAAAUACUAUUUAGCAAAGAAUUACAUUAGAUGAAAAGGUCAAAUUCAUUUAUUGACGCUGGCUUUUGUGCCAUGAAGCUUUCAUGGCAAGACUGUCAGACAGAAACUGUUUACUUGCUUUAAGUAUACUUAAGUCUUUAAUAUUCUGUAUGCACUGUGUACAUCGCAAACUAUGUAUAUAUAUGAUUUUCAUACAUUUAUCCAGUAUCCUCUUUUCUACUUCAUCAAUGCAUUUCUAAUGUUUUGUUUUUGUUGUUUCAAAUUUAGAUAUUCAAUGUUGUAUUAUAUAUUUUUCCUCCUGCCAUACUAAUUCCAUAAAGUGAAUAGCAAAUGGAUCCUCACUGGGGGCUUUCAUGUGUAUGCAAGAUGAAUAUACAGAUGAAAUAAGAAGAGGGUUAUGCAGGUCUGCUGUACUUCAUCCGUCAUCUUUACUUAACUACCUAAAGAAGGAAUUAUCAAGGCCAAAAUAGGUUUAAGCACAUUAUAUCAGUACUGUUCAGAGAAGAGAAUGUUGCUCAAAGUGAAGUUAGUGUAAUAUAUGAACAUCUGUAAAUGAGUAUAUUUCUGCAGCAGAGUUAUGGCAAGAAAGAUAAGACAACAUUAUACAUAUGAUAAAGUAUCCUAAUCCUUUUUUUGGCUUUGCUUCUGUUGGUGGUUCAGCUUAUAAAAUGCUCUUAGACUCAAUUCUUUAAACACAGAUUAGCAAAAGCUUCUUAUAAUAUUGAGCACUAUUCAGAAGUGCAGUAUGGUGACUUUGCUAAUACAUGAGUCCACACUUGAGUUGUAAUAAUUUAAAGUUGCCUGCAGCAUUCAAAUUGUAAAUAUGAUAUUUAUUUUCUUUUAAAUGUGUGACAUACAGCAUAGCAUAUUGUUGGCACAUAUGAUACAGGUAAUGUGUUUGCCUGCAACACUGGAUACUGAACCAAAGAUAUACAGUAUGUAACACUUCAUUAUUUCAGCACGCUCUCCUUAUAUUUUAUUUUCUAGUGUAGGUCAGUGAGGUUUAAUGGAAGCAUUUUGAUUCACUGCCAAAAGCUUCGGGCUUCAGGCUUUUUCUAGACAGACCUUUCCCUUUUGAUUGACAUUGCCAAGAAAGGCUAACAGGAAGCAGAUAUGAGCUUCUCUAAACAACACUGAUGUGAAGGUGUUUUUAAGACUCUUGAAGGAGCCUAGUUAGUGGUCUUCAUUUCCUAUUAUGAGAAGAUGAGGAAGAUACACCAUUCCCCCUUAACGUUGGGCAAAUUUAAAACAACCUGCAGAAUACUGUGUCAGAUAUAUGUUGGCUUGGCACUGCUGAACCCAAAUAAGCACUGGAUUUUGGUUCAAAACCCAGUUUCCAUUAACGAAAAAAGAAAUAUCUGGGCAUAUUUUGAAUACAAAAAAGAAUUUGUGCAUGAUGCUAUUUGUUCAGUCGGUAUUUCUGAAUAUGAAGAGCUGUGUCUCAUGAUGCACACAGUAGAUGACACAGAGGCACUAUUCUCUGACAGACUGCUCCACUCAGUCAGUGAGGCUCUGACCCUGUUAACAAUGUCAGCUUAGUUUUUACAUUCAAAACAUCUUUAUUGCAGAGUCCGACUGUGUCCGAAUGGCUACAGACUGAAUGAUCUUAGCACAUUUACACUGAAUGGUUCAAGAACUUGACAUGAACUGUAUCAAAUCAGUUUUUCUAUAAAACUUAAGCAGCGAAAUCCAAGUGCUAUUUUUAAUCUUAUUCUGGCCACAGGUCCCACAAAUGCCUGUUUAAAUACCAUUUAGAUUUGGAAAAGAAAAGAAAAACAUAUUAUGAUCACUGUCAUUAUACAUAUAUAUCCAUUCUGCUGAACUGUAAUUACACCGGAGCAUAUGUCUGUUGUUUUUUAGUGUGCACAGGAUGUCAUAACAACACAAUUCUGAAAUGAAUCAAUUGAAACUUGAUGAUGUUGAAGGGAAACAUAAGUGCAUCCUUUACAGACCCUUUCUGAAAACUGUUAUCUGUUUGACACAAGCUGGACUGUAUAGUGACAGCAAAAUGUGCAAUCGAGUGGUGCUGCAUCUUGAAGUUUUGAUAGUUUUGCUGAGAUUUGUAUUGUUUUUAGUACAUUCGAGCAAAUGGAAAGAUUUCAUGUGGAAAGCUGAAAGUGGUGAGGAAAUCAUUUUGGAGGGCAGGACUCACGGCAGGAGCCGAGUGCACCCUGGGUGUAACUUUAACACGCCUAGUAUGGAGCAAGUGUAAGUUGGGAAGUCAGAUGAGUAUCCAUGGUAAUAAUAACAGAAUAAACAAUGAUCAUACAACCAGGAAAUAAAAACAGCAAUGGCGGCGUGUUUUGUUUACAGAAUAAAUAACGAAAGGGCAUUAAGACGCGAAAGCUCGUCCGUGAUCGGACAAACCCACUGGACAUCUAUUCAGAGAGUGAGCUGAGGUUUCGCUUUAGCCCAAGCCCUGUUUGAGUUCAUUCAUUCGUUACUUUACAGCUACAGUUAUAGACUCAUUGCUUUAACUUGACUGGGUCAUUUUAAAAGUGUACAUUAUUAACAUUAAAAUGUAUUCAAAACAAGCCUUUAUUUUUAUACAGUAAUGUAUAAAAGCACAUGAGCAGAGUUUAUAAAUAGUAAACGCUUCCUGAAGUAAAGAAGUGCUCACUGUCACUGAGUUAUAAACCCUGAUGGACUGAUGUGCUUAUUUAAACAGUAGGCCUAAACUGUGGACAUUAAUGUGCAGUGUGCUCUUGUAUCCUCCAUAUUUAUGUUCAUGGAAAAUGCUUUGUAUAAUAUUUUCAAUUAAAAGAGAAAUGAUCA